AUGGUUUCUGAUGAUGAUGAUGAUAGAAAUAGUAAUAAUCAAUGUGUUGAGUUGCAUUUAUGUUUUAAAUUACUAAAAGUGAUUUUGGUCAGAUCAACAGAAGGUUUAGAUCAGAAAAAUAGUGAUAUUAGAGAAGAAGGUGAUGAUGAUAGAUGUUCUAACGUAUUGAAAGAUUCCUUAAAUUUGAUAGUUGGAUGGCCUGUCUUCGAUGAGCUUUUCUUACUGAGAGAAGUCGAAAAUCUAAAAGAAAAUCAAGUUCUCAUUAAAUUAUUGGAUGCUUUGGAUGAGUUUGUGGCAGAUCUUGUUGAAUAUUUUACUGAUAAAAAAAAUAUCAUUAAACAUAAAAAAUAUGAUAUAAACCGAUCAAACGAUUUAUCAAAAUUCAAGAUUAAAUUAUUGAAUCUUGUUUCCUUUGCAACUAAAAAAAACAAUCAAUCAAAAAAAAAGUACUUUACAAAAUUAUUAUCAGAUGACAAAUUUAUUUAUUUAAUUGAUAAGUUUUCAGAAUUCUGGGAAAAAGGUGAAUUAGUUGACCUGUUAGAAAAUAUCUUGAACAUAGAUCGAUCAACAAUUUCUUUUAUUUCAAAUAGCGGAUAUCUUAAUAGAUAUUAUAGAAUUCUUUUGAUUGUCUUUAAUAAAUUGUAUAAUCACCAUCAAUCCACUGCUUCCAUUAUAAAACUAUCCGAUAAUUUAUAUCAAAAGUUGAUUUUUAUGUGGAAGAAUUAUCCAUCUUCCUUCUCCUCUUCUCACUCUUCAGAACUUGAUUUAAUAUUUUUACAAAUAGUAGAAAGUUAUAUGCCACCUGGACUAACACCAUCAUCGUCAUCAAGUUUGGAACAUCUGAAUUUACUACAAAAAAAUAAUAAUUAUAAAAGGUUGAUUGGUGAAUUGCCAAAGCAAAUAGAUAUUGAGGUUGUAAAAUACAUUCUUUCAGAUUUGAAUACAACAACAAGAACAAAAAUCCUGUCAUAUCUUAUCAUGAGAAAAGCAGAAUUUCGUUUAGAAUUUAAAGGAUAUUUACAACAGUGUCUCGGGCAAAGUGAACAUGUAGACAAAGCCAUUGAUGAUGAUGAAGAGACCAGCGCCAAUGAUGAAAAAGUUGAUGAUGACAUGACAUUUCCAACAAGUAAAUUAUUGACUUUUAUUUAUACGUGUAAUAUGUACACAACAUACAUUCACAUCUCAAAUGUUAAAAGUGAUAAGAAAAAAUAUUUGUGA